GAGGAGGCAGGGAGUGGGUGAGGAGGACUCCUAUUUGGACAGACAAGGCCAGGAGGUGAAGCAGGAAUAACCCAUCCCUCACCCCCGCCCCGGCCUCCCUUCGAGAAAACCUCUCUGCAAACAGGGGCAGCCAAGCAGGACCGAGCCCCCGCCCCCAAGCAUCUUCCCAAAGAGGGGCCGGUGGGGCCUGACAGCUCCGGUGGCGCAUGUCACAGCUCAGCCCGCCGUGCGCAUCUGAACUCCUCCGCGGGUAAUGGACUCCCGCCCGCCCCCGGAGACGGAGACGCAGCCCGAGUGGCAGGAACGCCGCGUCUUUGGAGAGUGGCUCCCUCUCGUCUCUGUCUCAGCAGAGCGCUCCCUGCACGGGAACCCAUUCUGCCAAGUGACUUAAAGGGAUUAAAAAAUAAAAAAAGACCUUGGUAAAGAAAAGGGGGUCAAAGCCACGCAGAAGCCUUUUGGAGGAGGUGGUGGCCAGCAGACAAAGAGCACAAGUUGAAAGAGGCAGUGAGAGGCCGCCCGCCCGCCCCGAUGGGCGCCGGGCCGUAGGGCAUGCCUGGGGCGCAGGGGCCCAGGACACCCGCAGGCCGUGCACGGGAGUCGGGGCUCCGCCGGGGAGAGGCCCGCAGCGCCCAGGGCCCAGGCCGUGCAGAAUGCUGCUCUGGACCCGCAGCCCUGCCUGACCUGGAGGAGCCCAGAAGAGUCCAGCACAGGGCCGCCUCCUGCACGCCGGGCGGCCCCCAGCGCCCCAGGUCUGCGGUCUGCACCCCGAGUGCCAGGGCUGAGGCCGGAAUGUGAGCGUGGCCCAGGCCCACCUGGACCCAAGCGCGGCAUCCAGAGCGGCCAUCCCAGCCAGACCAGCGGCUCAGCGAAGGAGGUGUCGAGGCCCCAAGUCAGGUGAGGCCCGGUUCCCCCCGCCAUCCACCAUGGUGGUGGCACACCCCACUGCCUCCGCCACCACCACUCCCGCUGCCACGGUGACGGCCACCGUCGUGAUGACCACGGCCACCAUGGACCUGCGCGACUGGCUGUUCCUCUGCUACGGGCUCAUCGCCUUCCUGACGGAGGUCAUCGACAGCACCACCUGCCCCUCCGUGUGCCGCUGCGACAGCGGCUUCAUCUACUGCAACGACCGGGGGCUCACCUCCAUCCCCCCCGACAUCCCCGACGACGCCACCACCCUCUACCUGCAGAACAACCAGAUCACCAACGCCGGCAUCCCCCAGGGCCUCAAGACCAAGGUCGGCGUGCAGGUCAUCUACCUGUACGACAACGCCCUGGACGAGUUCCCCGUCAACCUGCCCCGCUCCCUGCGGGAGCUGCACCUGCAGGACAACAACGUGCGCGCCAUCGCCAGGGACUCGCUGGCCCGCAUCCCGCUGCUGGAGAAGCUGCACCUGGACGACAACUCCGUGUCCACCGUCAGCAUCGAGGAGGACGCCUUCGCCGACAGCAGGCAGCUCAAGCUGCUCUUCCUGAGCCGGAACCACCUGAGCAGCAUCCCCUCGGGGCUGCCCCGCACGCUGGAGGAGCUGCGGCUGGACGACAACCGCAUCUCCACCAUCCCGCUGCACGCCUUCAAGGGCCUCCACAGCCUGCGGCGCCUGGUGCUCGACGGCAACCUGCUGGCCAACCAGCGCAUCGCCGACGACACCUUCAGCCGCCUGCAGAACCUCACCGAGCUCUCGCUGGUGCGCAACUCGCUGGCCGCCCCGCCCCUCAACCUGCCCAGCGCCCACCUGCAGAAGCUCUACCUGCAGGACAACGCCAUCAGCCACAUCCCCUACAACACGCUGGCCAAGAUGCGCGAGCUGGAGCGCCUGGACCUGUCCAACAACAACCUCACCACGCUGCCCCGCGGCCUGUUCGACGACCUGGAGAACCUGGCCCAGCUGCUGCUCCGCAACAACCCCUGGUUCUGCGGCUGCAACCUCAUGUGGCUGCGGGACUGGGUGAAGGCGCGGGCGGCCGUGGUCAAUGUGCGCGGCCUCAUGUGCCAGGGCCCCGAGAAGGUCCGGGGCAUGGCCAUCAAAGACAUCACCAGCGAGAUGGACGAGUGCUUCGAGGCGGGGCCCCAAGGCGGCGCGGCCCAUGCGGCCACCAAGACCACCGCCAGCAACCACGCCUCUGCUACCACACCCCAGGGCUCCCUCUUCACCCUCAAGGCCAAGAGGCCGGGGCUGCGCCUUCCCGACUCCAACCUUGACUACCCCAUGGCCACGGGCGAUGGCGCCAAGACCCUGGUCAUCCACGUGAAGCCCCUGACAGCGGACUCCAUCCGUAUCACGUGGAAGGCCACGCUCCCUGCCUCCUCCUUCCGGCUCAGCUGGCUGCGCCUGGGCCACAGCCCGGCCGUGGGCUCCAUCACAGAGACCCUGGUGCAGGGGGACAAGACGGAGUACCUGCUGACGGCCCUGGAGCCCAAGUCCACCUACAUCAUCUGCAUGGUCACCAUGGAGACGGGCAACACCUACGUGGCCGAUGAGACGCCCGUGUGCGCCAAGGCGGAGACAGCCGACAGCUACGGCCCCACCACCACACUCAACCAGGAGCAGAAUGCCAACCCCAUGGUCGGCCUGCCCCUGGCGGGCAUCAUUGGGGGCGCUGUGGCCCUCGUGUUGCUCUUCCUGGUCCUGGGGGCCAUCUGCUGGUACGUGAACCGGGCCGGGGACCUCCUGACCCGGGAGCGGGCCUACCACCGAGGCAGCCAGAAAAAGGACAGCUAUCUGGAGUCGGGGACCAAGAAGGAUAACUCCAUCCUGGAACUCCGAGGCCCGGGGCUGCAGAUGCUGCCCAUUAACCCUUACCACGCCAAAGAGGAGUACGUGGUCCACACCAUCUUCCCCUCCAACGGCAGCAGCCUCUGCAAGGGCACGCACACCAUCGGCUACGGCACCACCCGGGGCUACCGUGGCGGCGGCAUCCCCGACGUAGACUAUUCCUACACAUGAUGCCCGCCGGGCCGCCCGCCCCCGCUCCCACCUCCUCCUGGCGCGGCGACCCCGCGGCUUUGCCCCGCUUGCUGCCAUCCGGCACAGCAAGGAGAAGAAACUCCACGGCGACUUUCCCAGCAAAAAGCAGCGUUGGGGGAGGGCUGACACUUUUCUAGAACACAGCCGAGAAAACAAGUUUUUUUAAGGACAGAAGAUGGGAGGGGGGUGGGUUGACGUUGCUGAAGACAUAAUUUAUACCAAAUUAUGCCAGUUGGGGAGGGAAGGACUAAAAAUAAUAUUGCAGGAAGGGUUGGGUCAGGGCGUUUUCCCCUGAAGUGGAAAGAUACUACCUGUACCGCCUCUGUGCGCGCCUCCUGCCCUGUUCAGGGCCGUCACGAGGGGACCGUCGGAGAGAAGCCGCCGUGGGACACGGACGCCCCCGCGCAGCGCUCGCUGCCAGCCGCUCCCCGGCAGCGACGAGAUGGGAGAGGCUCGGGCCUCUCACCAAGGAGAGCGGGAGGAAGAGCUUUUCUUCAGUCUCUCCCCGGUUCUCCCCCUACCAUUUCCCUCGCAGAUUUCCAGAAAUACCGCGUCUUCUACUGCGUUCUUUGAACAAUGAUGUAACCGAUUAAAAACUAAA